AUGGCGCCGUCUCCCGCCGCUCGCGGCUGGCCCCGCGCGCUCCUGGGCCGCCUGCUGCCCGCCCGGCCCCUCGGCCGCCGCGGCGCCGCCGCCGCGGGGGGGGGCCCGGCGCGGCCCGCGGGGCUGUACGAGCUGCUGGGCGUGCCGGCCAGCGCCACGCAGGCGCAGAUCAAGGCGGCCUACUACGAGCAGAGCUUCCGCUGCCACCCGGACCGCAACGCGGGCAGCGAGGAGGCGGCCGCGCGCUUCACCGCCCUGCACCAGGCCUACGCCGUGCUGGGCAGCGCGGCCCUGCGCCGCCGGUACGACCGGGGCCUGCUGAGCCGCGAGGAGCUGAGCUCGGCCGCGCGGCCCGCGCCCGGCGUGCGCCCGGCGCCCGGCACGCGCAGCGCGGCCCCGCGGCGCGCGCCCGCAGCGCCCGCCUUCGACUUCGACGCCUUCUACCGCGCCCACUACGGCGAGCAGCUGGAGCGGCAGCGGGCCCUGCGGCGGCGGCGGCGGCGGCAGGAGGCGGCGGCGGCGGCCCGGGGGUGGCGCGGGGACUGGCUGCCGGAGCUCUCGCUCGCCCUGCUCCUGCUCUGCGCCCUGUCGCUGCUGGGCCGCACGAAGUGAAGCGCGGGGCGCCCGGACCGGGCCCGGGGUUCGCUCGUGGCGCUGGACAGGCCGCGGGGCGCGGGCGGCUGCGGAGAGCUCCGGGGCCGGGUCCCGAGCGGGCCUUGUGCUGUGUCAGGACGCCCCAGGGGAGCCGAACUGCCAUUAAAGUAGCUUCACAAA